AUUAAAAAAACUUACAAAUUAAAGCAUUUUUCUGUACGGAGUUGAAAUGGGAGAUAGAAGGAUACUGUUGCUUCUAGUGCUGGUACUUUUCUCAGCACUUGUGUCCUUUGUUGGUGCUUAUGAAGAGGAAGAAAACGAUCAAAGGACACAAGGAGAAAAAUGGUUUUUGUUGCGUCAGUUACAUAAUGUUGUGAAAACUGAUGCAGGGUCUAUGAGAAUGGUGAAGGGUGGCUAUCGUGGGGGUUCGCAUCUCCAUAGUCCAAUGCAUAUUGGUUUCAUCUCCAUGGAACCCAGUAGCCUAUUUAUCCCUCAGUACCUCGAUUCCGAUCUUGUCCUCUUUGUUCACCAUGGGGAAGCAAGAGUUGGACACAUCUAUAGGGAUGAAUUAGCAGUAAGGAGUUUGAAGCAGGGAGACGUGUACACGAUUCCUGCUGGAUCAGCUUUCUAUUUGGAGAAUAGAAAUGAAAACCAGAGACUUCGCAUAAUUUGUAGUAUCGGUAUUACCUCAGAAUCCAUGGGAUGGCAUGCAUUCCAGUCUUUCUUCAUUGGCGGUGGAACUCAUCCUACAUCCAUUCUUGCUGGAUUCGAUCAUACCGCAUUAUCAACUGCUCUUAAUGUUUCGACAGCAGAAGUAAGAACGUUCUUGACCAGGCAAUCUUCCGGGCCAAUUGUGCAUAUAUCUGAUUCUCAUCACACAAACAUUUGGACUGAAUUUGUUUCCCAAGAACCCCACCAAAAAUUAGCUCACUUGAAGAGGAUUGUGAAUUUAGAGGAAGAAGUUAGCCCAAAAGAGGAAGAAUCAACAUGGUCAUUGAGGAAAUUUUUGUGUACUUUACUACACAGAAAAGAUGUUGUCAAGAGAGUGAAUCAUGAAGCUCCAUCAUCGUACAAUCUCAACAACAGGAAUCCUGAUUUCAAGAACAAUUACGGAUGGAGCAAGUCAUUGGAUGAGUCUGAUUAUUCUCCUCUACAACAAUCAGGCAAUGGCGUUUAUCUUGUCAAUCUAUCUCAGGGAUCCAUGAUGGCACCUCAUGUUAAUCCAAGAGCAAUAGAGUACGGAGUAGUGUUGAAAGGGACUGGAAGGAUCCAAAUUGUGUAUCCAAAUGGGACUUUAGCAAUGAAUGCAAGAGUACGAGAAGGGGACGUUUUUUGGGUGCCAAGGUACUUCCCUUUCUGCCAAAUUGCUUCAACAAAUGGCCAUUUUGAGUUCUUUGGCUUCACAACAUCAGCAAGGAGGAAUCAUCAACAGUUCUUGGUGGGUAAGAACUCAUUGAUGCAGAGAUUGAGAGGGCCAGAAUUUGCAGCUGCAUUUGGAAUUGAUGAGAAAAGGCUUAAGAGGAUUGCCAAUGCUCAACACGAACAAGUCAUAUUGCCUGCAUCAUCGUGGGAUUCUUCACAUGACAAGGCAUCAGAGCCAGAGAGGAAGAAGAAGACCAAUUUUGAGAGGAUUGUGGGGAGCUUAGGCAGUGACAUGAUCAUGGGUUUUGAUUAGUUUAAUUUGUUUAGUAAAAAGUGUUGGAAAUUUUAUUUAUCCAACAAUAACUCUAGUUUGAGUUUUGGCUUGAA